AUGAGGUCAUACAAAUUUACCAUUUGAACAUUCUAUAUAAGUCUAAACACAGAUCGUUAGAGCCGUAUACACAUAAAUUUUUCACCCAAAGACAAGGUAAAUUAAGUCAAAACCUAGCAAGUGGCCACACAAGUAUUCUAUGUGAGUCUAAACAUGAGUAUUCCACAUAUCAACAGGUAAGUUGGGUCAAAACUCAUCAUUUAGCCACAAGAGUAUUGCUCGAACUCAAGACUUUCUAAGUCGUUUGGUCCCAAAGAGACUCACCAUUUCGCUAUCAUCCAAGUGGUUUCUCGAUGCAUAAGCUCGACGUAGUAUGUUUUUCCAGUUGGGAGUGGCAGUUCUAAAGCCUCAUCAUCUACCCUGUCCGGCUUGUCCUACAGUGCGGACAAAGCAGACCAAGCAAGAUUUCUCUUGUGGUGCAGUAUCACAGAAAAUGGUGAGCAUUCCAACAGCUCAGUUGAAUACAUUCGACAAAACCAGUAUCCCACUUGCAGGCUUUGGGACAGCUGAAUUCCCUUUCGGGGUGAAUCAAAACAUAAAACAGUCUAUCCUCAAAGCAAUUGAAGUUGGGUAUCGUCACUUUGACACUGCAGCAAUUUAUCAGUCAGAGGUGCCUCUAGGAGAAGCAAUUGCAGAAGCUUUACGUUUCGGCCUCAUCAAAUCUCGCCAUGAAUUGUUUAUCACCUCAAAGCUUUGUAGCGGCGAUUGUCACAGUCACCUUGUCCUUCCUGCACUGAAAAAAUCCCUGCAGAACCUUCAACUGGAAUAUAUUGAUCUAUAUCUCAUUCAUUUUCCGGGGAGCUUAAAGCCAGGUACUCAAUAUCCGUUUCAGAAGGAAGACAUUGUUGCACUUGAUUUAGAAUCUGUUUGGAAGGCCAUGGAAGAGUGCCAAAAUCUUAACCUCACCAAGUCGAUAGGAGUAAGCAAUUUUACCUGCGAGAAGCUUAUCAAGUUACUUGACAUCUCAAAAAUCCCUCCUGCUGUCAAUCAAGUGGAGAUGAACCCAUUUUGGCAGCAAAAGAAGCUGAGGAAGUUUUGUGAUGAGAAGGGUAUCCAUGUUACUGCUUACUCUCCAUUGGGUGCUGGAGGCUCACCUUUCAGUAUGGGAGUGUUGGACAGUGAUGUACUGAAAGAAAUUGCCAAUGCUAACGGAAAAACAGUUGCUCAGGUAUGUUUGAGAUGGGUUUAUGAACAAGGAGUGAGCCUUGUUGUGAAGAGCUUCAACAAGGAGAGAAUGAAAGAGAAUGUUGGGAUAUUUGAUUGGAAGCUAAGUGAAGAAGACCUGCACAAGAUUGAUCAAAUCCCCCAGAAGAGAGGGCUUUUGGCAGAAGAAUUCGUCUCCGAUGAAGGUCCUUACAAGUCUCUCAUUGAGCUAUGGGACGGAGAGAUAUGAACACCAUCCACAACAAAAUCAUUACUAUAGAGAGUUAAUGGCAUGGACUAUUUUUCAUGGACUAUUUUUAAUGUUGAGUGAAGAAUUGGUUUUUAUCUAAGACAAACCCCAUUUACUAUCAUGUAUUAUCAAAUCAUUCGUGUGAGCUUAUUUUGUAGCUGAGUUCUUAAACUGAAAUGGUAAAUUUCGGCAAGUGAUUUGACGAAUGAUCUGCCAAGAGAACAAUUUAUGUACUGUUUGAUUGUGCUUCAAUAAAGUAUGUACCAAGAGUUUACACGAUA